CCACCAGUCUCUCAAUUAGCCUGUGGAUAUCUGAGUGACAGUCAUCAUGUUUGUUGCGCCACCUGGUUACCAGCCUGUCUACAACCCUAGUAUCCCCUAUGUGGGGCCGAUCUACGGGGGACUGAGAUCCGGGAUGUCUGUCUACAUCCAGGGAGUCAUCCCUCACCACAUCACCAGGUUCUUUAUAAAUCUGCAGUGUGGGGAGGCUGAGGGCAGUGACAUCGCCUUUCACUUCAACCCCCGCUUCGAUGGCUGGGACAAGGUGGUGUUCAACAGCUGCCAGGGAGGGAAAUGGGGAUCUGAGGAGAAGACCCACAACAUGCCCUUCAGCAAGGCAGACGCCUUCGAGAUGGUCAUCAUCGUCAACCAGGAAGGCUACCAGGUGACCGUUAACGGGAAAGACUUCCAUAAGUUCAAGCACCGUCUUCCGGUUGAGAGAGUCUGUGCCCUGCACAUAGGGGGCGACGUGUCCAUCCAGACUAUCAAUGUCAUCGGGGGAGGAGGUGGAAUGGGGGGAGGAAACAUGGCGGGAGGAUAUCCGGCUGGUGGAUACCCUGGUGAUCAAAUGGGGGGUGGGUAUCCAGGUGACAUGGGUGGUGGCAUGGGGGGAUGUUACCCGGGCGGACCCGGGGGUUACCCGGGCGGACCCGGGGGUUACCCGGGCGGACCCGGGGGUUAUCCGGGCGGACCCGGGGGGUAUCCGGGCGGACCCGGGGGGUAUCCUGAAGGGUAUCCUGGUGGAAACCUUCCAACAAUGGUUGGGCAACCAAUAUACAAUCCUACAAUCCCGUUCUCUGGCACGAUUCCAGGAGGGUUGUCUUCUAAGAGGACCAUCAUCAUCAGAGGCAUAGUCCCAAUAGGUGCUAACAGGUUUUGUGUUAACUUCGUGGUGGGUGGCUCGCGAGACAUUGCGUUCCACAUGAACCCUCGUUUGAGGGAGAAGGAGGUGGUGAGGAACAGUAUGAUCGGAGGAGUCUGGGGGGCAGAGGAGAAACAGGUCACACUCAACCCCUUCCAGGAGGGACAGUACUUUGACAUUUCCAUCCGAUGUGGGAACCAGCGUUUCAAGGUGUUCGUGAACGGGCAGCACGUGUGUGACUUCGCCCAUCGCUACCCGAACCACGGCCAGAUCGAUACCCUGGAGUUGACGGGAGACAUACAAGUGUCAUAUGUGCACUUCUGAGACACUACACACCUGUGCACAUGGAACCACACCUGGCUGGUCUGGCCAUUCAACUCUACCUGUUAACCGGGUGGUUUACUGAUUCUGUCAUCCAAUUGCAUUAAUGAAACAAGAUUGUCAUUUUGCUGUAAUAAAAUUGUCUGCCUUGUU